AUGGCGGAUGAUAAAUCAGAUCUUCCACCGGAAAUCAUAGAGAUUAUUCUGUCGAAACUAUCAGUUAAAUCUCUUCUUCGAUUCAAAUCAGUUUCAAAGUCAUGGAAUACUAUGAUCACAGAUCCUGUAUUCGUCCAAAAUCAUGUCAAAAAAUCUACGGAAUCGAAUUCGCAUAACCUUAUUCUAUGUCGUGCGAGCCAGACUUCUCCUAUCCAAUUUUCGGUGGUUAAAUUGGAAGAUAAAAAAUUCCAAACCCUACCUGUAGCAAUUGAAGCCCCCUUUAGCUGUUGGAUGGUUGUUGUUGCGGAUUGGGACUACUACUCCGUUUAUUCUUGUAAGAACAAAUCCUGGAUAACGAUGAAAGAAGAAUACGAAAUUGAAGGCUAUGGUGAAGGUUUAGUGGAUAGUAGACGGGCCGUUGUGUGUGUUGACGGGGCGAGCUAUUGGGUUUGGAAUAAUAGAAAAAUAACUUAUUACGAUCCGAGAGAUGACAAGUUCAAGAUGUUGCAGAAGCCGGAAAAACUAGAGGAUUGCGAACAAAUUUACUUGGCUAAUUUGAGGAGCUCUUUGUGCGUGUAUUGCUAUUUCUAUGCCGCAGACAAGGUUCAAUUUUGGACAAAGGAAAAUGGCAUAGACAGUAAUUCUUGGAAGGAGUUGAUGACGGUUCAAUGUGACAAGUUUCUAUACUUGCAGCCACUAUAUUUUUUUGUCGAAAAUAAGAUCGUGUUUCGAGUAGAUUUUAAAAGAUUAGUUAUUUAUAGCCCUUCUGAGAAGAGGUUUGAAGAAUUUGAAGAUGAUACACGGCUUCUGUGCAUUGGUAUGGUUCCGGUUCCAUAUAUCGAGAGUUUCUAUUUCCCCAUUGAGAAACCGAAACCGAAGAGGAAGUGGAAGAGGAACCGUAGAUCAACAUUAAUGUCAAAGUUAUUUCGAUGCCUAAGAGGCUAA